AUGGCGAUCGACACCGUACCGCCGCUCAUCGCCGCACAGCUAAAUGAUCUCAUCAGCCACUCCUCUUUUCCCAUCAAGGUGGAGCAAAUGUGGUCUGGCUGCAAAAACCCUAGCUUGCUUGAUCGCUUCACUUUAGUCAUCCCUUUUUGCCUCGACUAUAUCAAAUGGGAUGUGAUAUACAACGCUAUAUAUCCACUGGCGGCUCCGGAUAUAAUAUUUGGACCUGAAGAUGAAAGUUUUUCGCCGUAUAAUGGGGUCAACGAAGCUGUGGACUCGAAAUCUUCUAAAAAUUGUUUGGCCGAUUGGAACAGCAAGGACCCCAGUCGGCUAUUGCGUCUUAUUAUUGAGCUCAGGGAUGCAUACACGACAUACCAGAAGAAACGUGUAGGAGAGGUUGAUGAUGAUAGAUUGAAGUUUGAACUCAGCACUAUGCUUUCGAGAGAGGGAAUUGAAAUGUGUACGAGUUCAGGCAUUGACAAGCCAGAAGAGGUCAGAUUUGCAGUACCUUUAUUGGAGAUGGAUAUAAAUAAAUUGGUUCUUGGGUCCACCUGGAAACGUCCGCAAAAGAUAUACUUACAGGUUAUAUUUCCAGUUGGUAAAAAGUCUCCUUCAGCCCCACGUCUGAAGUUGGUGUCUCCCGUUGAAUUGAAGGCCCUAUUUUCUAUUGAUGAUUUUAAACUUCCUCCUUGGUUAGAGGGGAUGUGCAUGGCUGAAUAUCUUCCAACUUUAGAGGAGAUGCUGCAAGCACAGAUUACUGAUGCAGUCUUGUCAAUCGAAGUAAGAAGAAAGUUUAUCAUGGUUUUGGAGCCUCUGUUUGGAAGACCAUUAGAAGCUGAUCCGGUCUUCUGCAGAAAGGCGACUUUCCUGGCUAAUUCUGGGGUGUUCACUUUUCUGGUGCAUAUCUCCAUUCCUCUUCAAUUUCCAAAGCAGAAACCAACUUUGAUACUCCAGAGUUCCCAGCAUUUUAUUUCCCAUGGUGCACCAGUGAAGUCUCCUUUGUUGACUGAUUAUCCGUGGAGUCCCAGAUGGGAAGCGUCAGAAAUGGCUGGGAGGAUCUAUGAUUUUCUAGUGGACGAAUGCUUGAACUUCAAGAAGUUCUGCAAUGAGAGCAUGGUUCUACUGCGUUAG